AAAACAGUCCCACCGGAGGUCUUGUCCUCGUUAGCGGAAACCAGGCUGUUAGCUUCAGGAAACCCGCUGGUCGAAAAAGCUCUUCUUUUCUGUAAUCAACCCUGCCCAACACGGGGUCAAACAGACACUGGAGCUGCGACAAACUCCAGCCAAUGGACCCUUGGAUUAUGAUACCGAAACUGCGGGCGGUCCGUCGAUAGCACGCCUGGGUGACGAGGCGCCGGGCCGGAACCAGAACCAGGCCCAGAGGGACGGACAUAACCAGCGCCGCGUUUUGCGACGCCGGCGGGCUGGUUUGUGUGUGUGUGUGAGUGUGUGUCGGAAUUGGCAUGCUGUCGGUAGGGGAAGUGUAAUGUGUAUCACCGUGGCUUGCUGUCUGUAGCUGGGCAGCAAGUCCCCGGAACCGGUGGUGGAUGUAGAGGCUGAGCCUCGAGCAUGGGACAGCGGGCUAGCUUAACCGCUAGCUAACACCGGAGUUUACAGACAUCAACUUUUACUCACUAAGUAUGAGCGGUAGACUUGGGUUUAGUGAAUGAAGAGGGAUUAUUUUACGUCGUGUAACAUUUUUCAGUUGUUAGCAUUUUUAAAGGCCUCAUAAAUGUUUCGGGAGCGAGUACAGCAGUGUAGUUAAGUCGUUAGCUGCUGAGUUAGCCUGCCUCCACCACCCCAAUGAAAGAGUACAAAGUUGUCGUGCUGGGCAGCGGCGGCGUCGGCAAGUCCGCGCUGACCGUCCAGUUUGUCACCGGAACCUUCAUCGAGAAAUACGACCCGACCAUCGAGGACUUCUACCGCAAGGAGAUCGAGGUGGACUCGUCGCCCUCCGUGCUGGAGAUCCUAGACACGGCGGGGACGGAGCAGUUCGCCUCCAUGAGGGAUCUGUACAUAAAGAACGGGCAGGGGUUCAUCCUGGUCUACAGUCUGGUCAACCAGCAGUCAUUCCAGGACAUCAGACCAAUGCGAGACCAAAUAGUGCGCGUGAAGCGCUUCGAGAAGGUGCCGUUGAUCCUGGUCGGGAACAAAGUCGACCUGGAGUCUGAGCGUGAGGUCGCCGGGUCGGACGGACGAGCUCUGGCUCAAGAGUGGGGCUGCCCUUUCAUUGAAACUUCUGCUAAGAGCAAGACCAUGGUGGAUGAGCUGUUUGCAGAGAUCGUCCGUCAGAUGAAUUACUCCACGCUGCCGGAGAAGCAGGAACAGUGCUGCACAGCCUGCGUGGUACAGUGAGGAAGAGAUGCAUCAUUUGUGAAGCACCACAAGCUUUUUGAUGAACCAUGAAACAACCUGACUUUGACCCCAGUGACAAAAACUCACCGCAGCUGGUAAAGUUUCUGUUCACGGUGGUUUCCGACUGUCGAUCACAGAGCAUCUGACGGGAAAGACAUCAGUCCUAUUUUUGAUAUCAUAACUGUUAGGAGACGUUACUGCUGCAACCUUAACGGCCUUCGCGAUGACCCAGGAUGGAGUCAGACAGACGGACUUGGCCAUCUGUGAAAAUGUCUUUUUUGUUUGUUUGUUUUUUUGUUUUUGUUUUUUUUUUGUUUCCCCUUUUAGUCAGAAGCAUCCCAGAAAUAAUAAGCAAGAGUGUUUGCAAGGUUGCAGCUUCUAUUUAAAGUUGCUUUUAUCACUAUUAUAUACUUUAUUAUUACUAGUAUUGUUUCAAGUUUGGAAUUUUGAAA